AUGCUUCCGGUGGAGACUUUCAAAGAUAAAGUCCAGCUGUGCGCAGUCUGGGAGAAAGUGAGGGAAGGCAAUGUGCAUCUUAUAACCGUUGAUGACGUGCAAGAGCUGUUCUAUGCUUUUGGCGUGUACGGAACCCUCGACACACGCGAGCUUGUGAAGCUCUGCGUCCUAGACGGCCUUGGUUUAACAGCCCAAGAUGUGAAGGAGUGGAUCCAGGACUCCGAUGCGGAAGGGAUAGGGGAGGUCACCGUGGAAGACGUCCAUAGAGGGCUCACGCGCGGGAAUGUCGCAUUCACAUUGGUGAAGAAGACGUUGUUCGGCCAGGAGAAGGACCACAAGUCAACGGAAUGUUCUUUGACGGAGCUUCUGGAUUGGCUGAAGUUUGAGUACGACAAGAAGAGCAAUCUUUGGUCUUUGCCAGAAACACUUCUUCUCUUCUUCGCCUUUGUGCUUGCUUCGGCAGUCCACCUGGGUGUGUUCGAGGCCUUCAGGAUUUCCCAGGUCUACGAUCUUGGUUUGGGUUUUGGUGAUUUUCUGGCUUACGACAUGGUCGACCGCGAGACAUUCUGGAUAUGGAUAGAACGUGGCUUCGUGCGAAACAUCUUCAGGCACGACUUGUUCUCCUUCGUGCGUCAGUAUCAGUAUGGAGAGAACUAUGGGGAGGACCCUACGGUGGCUGCUCCUUUUCCUGGCCGCGUGUUCAGAGAGCACCAGAUCAUCGGUGCAGUGCGAGCACGGAAGUGGGUGACUGACCCCCAGGAGUGCGCAAUCGGUGAGCCUUGGAAGGCGAUCUACGCAAGCUGUCAUCAGCAAGGUUCCCCACGGCCAGAAGACUGGUACAUAUUCUACCAUCAGAAGAGAGAGGUGAUUGAGGAGCAGCUGAGGCAGUUUCAGGAAGCAGGCUGGAUGGACGCAAACACGCUGUUCUUGGAUUUGGAGAUUUUCACGUACAAUGCGCACCAGGUUGCGUUCACGAUGCAGAUCAUGCGGCUGGAGUGGUCAACUGCCGGCUACCUCAUCCAGCGACCAGGCAUCCGCGAGACAUUUUAUGCUGCACCGUACCACAACCUGGCUCUGGUGCUGCCCGACCUCAUGUUUCUGACUCUGCUGACGAGCAUUCUCUAUUCGGAGCUGAAGGAAGCCAUUCCGGCAGCCAUGAAUGGCUUAGAUGGCGUCAAGGAUUACUUGAAGUUCUGGAACGUCGUGGACUGGAUCAACGUGACAGUUGGAAUAGGAUGCGUGUCGGUUUGGCUCGCCUUCGUGCUGAAACUAACCGUGGAGCUGGAGGAAGUCCUGAAGGGUCUACCCUCAGAGGUCUUGGAUUUGUAUGUCUUCACGAAUCGCACCUACCUGAGAUACGAGGAAUUCGACACCUUCGUUGAUCGACAAGAAUUUGAGAUGAAAAUGAACGAUGUCUUCACCGUCGCAGAAGAAACAGCGCAUUUGUACAUGCUCGUGCGUUCAGUCCUCUUCUUCUACUUGUUCGUGCUGAUGUUCAAAUUCUUCAAGGCUUUCAGAUCCAAUGACCGCUUGGAUGUGGUGAUCCAAACCAUUACAGACUCUGCGACAGACGUGUUCCACUUCGCGAUCGCUUUUGCGUUAGUCUUCUUGUGCUUCGCAUCAGCUGGCAUGGUUCUAUUCGGCUACACAGUGGAAGGCUUCCACACCUUCAUCUACUCCUUGUUCUUCUGUUGGCGCUCGGGCGUUGGUAUGGACGAUAUCGAUGUGUAUGAAGUCUGGUAUCAGGUGCUGGCUUAUUUUUGGUACUUCACGUACUUGGCCUUGAUGAGUACCUUGAUGAUCAACAUCUUGGUCGGCCUCAUUUUUGAGGCCUACGGUCGCAUUCACGCCAAUGCAGGCGAGCCACCCACUUUGCUGGAGCAGGUGAGUGAAGCUGUGGACACGCUGAAGGAUACCAAGUCUUUCAUCAACAUGUGGUACAUCAUCUGCGACCUCGAAGAUGAUGAUUUUCCUGCGCAUCCUGCAGAGCUCGUCACAGUGCGAAGUUUAAAGAAAGCUUUCUCCAAAGACAGGAUGACAAAGCAAAAUGCUGAGUACUUGAUCGAGAACUCGUCCGCGUUUGCCAAGAAGCAGGCGAAGAAGAUCGACCUGUCUGUCUCCGACGGCGUGCGGAUGAUCGGUCAAGCGAGGACCAACACCAACAAGUUGCUCUCAUUGUCCGAGCAAGUGAAUGCAAUGCUGCGAAAGUUUCACAUGAAACAUGCAGAGGGUCCGCGAGAAGAAGACUGGCUCAAGACGCUUGGCGGGACAACUCCUCAGGGCCCUCAGGUCGUCAAGCAAGACAAUCCGCAGUCAGGAGUCCAAGACCUUCUGGAUGCAACCAACAGGCCCACGACAUCCGCGGCAUCGCAGCGGGAGAAGAAGUCUCGCGAAGAGCUCUUGCUGGAGCGCAUGCGCGCCUUGACGUCGGACUUGAUCAAGAAGGGAAAGGAGCAGCACAGACUGGUGGACUUCAUCGACCAGGCGAUCCAGGGCCGACAAGAGAGCAUUCAAGAGAAGGCCUGGGUCAACCGG